AUGACAGGGCCUGAUGAAGAAAGCGCUGUUAAAGUCGCGAUUCGCGUACGUCCAUUUAAUAAACGAGAACUUGACCUGCAAACCAAGUCGGUUGUCAAAAUCCAAAAGGAACAAUGUGUGCUGAACCACCCGGUUGAAGAAAAAAAUUCGAAAACUUUCACGUUCGACCACUCUUUCUGUUCCACUGACCCGAAAAGUUAUGAUUUCGCAAGCCAAGAAACUGUUUGCUAUCAUUUGGGAUCUGGAGUAGUCGAGAACGCCUUCUCGGGUUACAAUGCUUGUAUAUUUGCAUACGGUCAGACAGGAUCCGGAAAGUCUUACACAAUGAUGGGAACACCUGACCAGCCGGGAAUUAUUCCACGCGUUUGUAAUGAUAUUUUCACCAGAAUCCAGGAAACUAGCAAUGCGACGCUUUCAUUCAAAGUUGAGGUAUCAUACAUGGAAAUUUAUAACGAAAGAGUUCGUGACUUGCUCGACCCUAAAAAAUCAAGCAAAGCACUGAAAGUGCGGGAACAUAAAAUACUCGGACCGAUGGUUGAUGGAUUGUCCAUUCUUGCAGUCAACUCUUUUGAGCAAAUCUCAAAUCUCCUAGAAGAGGGAAACAAGUCGAGAACAGUUGCAGCUACGAAUAUGAACGCCGAAAGUUCUAGAUCACAUGCGGUGUUCAGUUUGAUUGUAACACAAACUUUGCACGAUCUGGAUAACGGGUUCAGUGGAGAGAAGGUGGCCAAAAUCUCAUUGGUCGAUUUGGCAGGAAGUGAGAGAGCUGGAAAAACUGGAGCUGUUGGAAAGCGUCUUGAAGAAGGAGGAAAUAUCAAUAAAUCACUCACAACUCUGGGCAUGGUGAUAUCCGCGUUGGCAGAGAGAAAUUCUAAAAAAGACAAGUUCAUUCCAUACCGAGACUCUGUGUUGACCUGGCUGCUCAAAGAUUCACUUGGAGGAAACUCGAGAACAGUUAUGAUUGCAACAUUGUCACCUGCAGCUGACAAUUAUGAGGAGACACUAUCAACACUGAGAUAUGCGGAUCGCGCCAAGAAGAUUGUCAAUCACGCAAUCAUCAACGAGGAUCCGAAUGCCAGAGUUAUUCGGGAGUUACGAGAGGAGGUGGAGACACUUCGCAUGCAAAUCACACAAACGAAGAAAGAACAUGCGGAAACUGAAGAGCUCCGCGAGAGACUUGCUGAGAGUGAACGGCUUGUGGCACAGAUGAACAAAUCUUGGGAGGAGCGUCUUAAGGAAACUGACACUUUGAAUAAAGAACGACAGAAGGAUUUGGCGGAAAUUGGAAUUUCAAUUGAGUCCAGUGGAAUCAAGGUUGAGAAGGAUCGGUUUUAUCUGGUUAACAUGAAUGCCGAUCCAUCGUUGAACGAGUUGUUGGUCUAUUAUAUUAAUGGAUCAGCAAUUAUCGGAAACUCCGAGGAGUUGGAGACAAGCAGAGAUUCAGGAUUGUCAAUGUCAUCAAAUGAUUCAGGAAAGAAGGAAGACGAAAAAGAACGCACCAGCAUUGUCCUUCGGGGUCUUGGAAUAAUGAGGCGACACGCCAAGUUGACCGUAGACGAGUACGGUGGCCGAAUGCGUCUGUUCGUUGCCCCAAUGUCAUCUGAAUGUCGGAUCUGUGUUAAUGGAAAACAGAUCACUGAUCGGACACUUCUUCGCAAUGGAAAUCGUUUGCUGGUUGGAAUGAAUCACUUCUUCAAAGUGAACUGUCCGAAAGUGAUGGACAUGGAACAAUCUAUUAUGGAGGACAGCACCAUGUUUGAUUACAACGAUGCCUGGCAUGAGGUCAACGACGCGAACCCAAUCAGUUCUGCAGUCGAUCAGUACAUGGAGAGUGUUACAUUGAAACAUCAGGAAGACAAGAAAGCAGCGCUUGAGCAGCAAUACGAGGCAUUCGAGAAAUACAUUCAGUCGCUGACGGCUGGCGGUUUCACACCCUCCACACCGAUGACACCAGGAUUCGGUUUACCGACACCGAUUACCACGCCGACUGGAUUACCACCAUUCCCAUUCCCAACGAACCCGAAACAGUCUGUAAAGAGCAAGUUUUUCUAUUGGGCGCAGAGAAAAGAAGAGAUGUUUGCUGAAUCGUUGAAACGACUCAAGGCAGAUGUGAUCCAUGCUAAUGCCCUCGUUCGUGAAGCGAAUAUGAUUUCCAAGGAGUUGAACAAAAAGCCCAAACGCCAGACAGCAUAUGAUGUUACUCUUCAAAUUCCGGCUUCCAACUUAAGACCAAUCAAAAUCAAAGCUGGACAAUUUGUAUGUGAACCUGUAAUCGUUGUUCGUCGAGAGGGAAUGAGUGGCAGCCAAUUCUGGACUGUAUCCCAGUUGGAAAGCAGAUUGGUUGACAUGCGAGACACUUACAAUGACAUGCUUAAUGGCUAUUCAAGGUUUGUAGUCUCUCGGAUAGCGAUAGUACAAAAGUUUCUUCUUUUCAGAGCAUCUGAGUCAUUGAACGGAACACCCAAUGCAUCUCCAAUGAAGACCGCUGGAAUCCCAUUGAACGAGUGCUCCUCUCUAGUUAUUGACCCAUUUUUUGAAAGCCAAGAACACCAUAAUUUGGUGGGAGUUGCCAAUGUUUUCUUGGAAGUCUUGUUCCAUGAUCUCCGUCUUGAUUACCAGGUAUUAGAUCCAUCCUCAUGGACACCUGUCCCAAUAAUUUCUCAACAAGGAGAAGUCGCUGGACGUCUACAUGUACAAAUCUUCCGCGUUGUGACACAAGAAGAGAUUGACAAUCAUGCCAACACUGGACCGGAUUCACUACUUGGCAAAACUAUCACUUGUCGCGUACGAAUCAAGCGCGCAUCGGGCCUUCCGGAAAAACUCUCCAACUUUGUUUUCUGCCAGUAUUCGUUUUUCAACAUCUCCGAACUGCUUGUUGUUGCGCCAGCUAACGAGGCAGCAAACCAUUUGUCGUGUCCGACAACUGUCAUCUUUGAGCAUCAACGAGUAAGUAGAAUAGUACAAAAUGACUCAAAUGUUUACUUUUUCGUUCAGGAUUUCAACGUGACGGUCACUGAAGAGUUCAUGGAGUACGUGAGAGAUGACGCUCUUUCCAUUGAAGUCUGGGGACAUCGAAUCUGUGGACAUCCUGAAGAACGUGUUUUGGAUACUGAUGAGAAAUGCAAAUCGCUCCAGAAUCGAUGGAUGGAAGUGACCCGACGACUUGAGAUGUGGGCUGAAGUUCGGGAAUUGAAUGAAAAUGGAGAAUGGACGAGUGUAGAAGUCAGACAUGCUGAGGAUGUAGCCACUGGUGGUAUCUAUCAGUUGAAACAAGGACAGCAACGACGUUUGGUGGUUGGAAUGAACGUUGCGGCACCAGAUGGACUUCCAAUUAGCAUCGAUAGCAUCACAUCUGUUAGCAUUGGAGCUAUAAUGGCUGUCAAACCAAACCAUUCCAAAUCAAUUGACAGCUACCAGGAAGAGGACCUAGAUAAGAUCAGGAAACAAUGGUCACACGCGCUGAAGUAUCGGCAGUUCUAUCUUCAACAUCAGUUAGAUACAUUGAGUGCUAAAUCUGGAAAGUCUGAAGCUGAACUAGACAGGGAGCAUUCGUUAAUGGGACAGUGGGUGGCACUGACCGAGGAGAGAACCGCCGUCGAGUGUCCAGCACCGAAUUCAUGUAUUCCAGGAGCCCCGUGUGACUGGAUCGCGCCAGAAGGCGUCGAGCGACAUAUCCCAGUGCUAUUCCUAGAUCUCAAUUCUGAUGAUAUGACUGGUGAGAUGACCAGUGAUGAAAAUGCUCCACGAGUUGCUGGAUUACAUUCUAUGCUUCCUUUGGAACCGGAAGGCAAUCUUCUGUUACUUCCCAUUCACAAAUACGACGACAAAGAUCACAUUGCAACAUGUUCCUGGGACUCUUCAGUGCAUGAUUCCCCAGCUCUGAACGUUCCAACGAACAGCAAUGACCGGAUCUACGCGAUUGUAAAAGUUAUGGUCCGUCUGUCCCACCCUUGCCCAAUGCACAUUGUGUUAAGAAAAAGGAUCUGUCUUCAAAUCUACAAAAAGCCAAGUCUCACUGAGAAGUUCUUCAAAAAGAUGCUAGGAACGGAAACCAUCCAUCGAACGUCUUUGUACUAUGAUGUGGUUGCCCAUAUUCCGAAAUCCUCUCAAGAUAUGGAAGAUCGAUCUUCAUUGGCCAUGAUGGCUGCCAAGGACACAUCCCAUGAAGAACACGAUGGUGGAUCUUCCCGAAGCUCCUCGUCCUCAACAGAAUCUCAAUACCAGCAACAAACCCUAAACUACAUUGAGGCAUACACUAAAAGUAUUCAAGCGGUGGAAUCAAUGCUCAAGCUCGACCGGUUGCGGCAAGAAGUAGCUAUAACUAAUAUGCUCUCAAAAAAGGAGCGACUACAGCGCAUUCAGAACUUUGGACUUCCGAUGCACUCAUUGAGAAUGAAUAGAGCUGUCAGUUUGCCAAAUGCUAUUUCAUCAGCUGGACAGAUAAAUGGACUCGACAAACGAUCUGACACCCCGAUGAGCAUCUCAUCUUCCAACUCGAUGGUGACAAGCAUUAUCAGUCCAUACAACGACAAAUUGACGGGCAUUAUUGAAGAGACGAACACUCUUAAAAUCGAGACUGUCCCAACUAGGUCCUCCACUGUCCCGGAAACUAUGUGCUUUGCUGCGGGCAAAAGAAUGUCUCCAACUGAAGACGUGAAAAACGGAAAUGAGGAGAGCAGUCCUAAUUCUGCAACCGACACGUCAAUCGAAGUUAAGCUCUGCCUUCCACUGGACAACAACAAUCAGUUUGCUUCCAAGAAAUUGCAAAAUGGCGAUCUAUUGGAUCUCAAAAUCAACUGA